AUGAACCUCAGCUCUGGCAAAUUGAAAAUAUUGGUUAGACGUUUUUUUACACCUCAUAAAAAGAAACAUAUUUUACCUGUUCCCAAGCAUCCUAAGAAGGUUUGGCACUUAUCUCCUUCCCUUACCAGGCACUACCAUUUACGGACUGUGGAUUCCACUAUUUUCUCCAAGUUUAUUCAAGAUAAGAGACGCUAA